AUGCCCGUUGUACCCCAGUACAUCUCGGUCGGGUCAAAUCGGUCUUCUUCCUGCUCCGCCUGUACCUCAGAUGGUCUUCUCUUCUUUGGCGCUGGGAAACUCAUCGCCCUUUGGGACUCUACCUCACCACGAGGCGUUCAUGUUACGCUCCCCGGCCACAAGGGCCAAGUCACUACUGUCAAGCUGCUUCCAGAUGGGCGGCUAGUGAGCGGCGAUAGCAUUGGAGAUGUCCGCAUCUGGGCCGAAUCUCAAGGGCAAUGGAAGAGCGUCAUGUCCUGGCAGGCGCACAGGGGAGCGUCCGUCUCGGCCAUCGGUGCCAUGAGCGCGAAAGGGCAUCUGGACGGCGUAUUGGUGACUGGAGGGUCUGAUGGUUUGGUGAGAAUAUGGAGAGUAGGAGGAAGCAAGCCCGAGGAGGUACAAAAGAUUGAUUUGAAGGGUCGACUGGCUUUGGAUCUGGACCUAGCGUAUUUGCCUGGGACGCAAGCUCCUAUACUUGCAAUCGGGUGUACCGACCGCCGGAUCCAAAUAUGGACAUACGCGUCCAACAUCUUUACCCGGUCUUUGUCACUCGAGGGCCAUGAGGAUUGGGUACGGUGCUUGCAAUUUACUCCUUACCCGUCUUCAUCCUCCACCAACGAUCUCCUCCUUGCUUCCGGGUCCCAAGACAACUUUAUUCGACUAUGGCGCGUCUCUCCUAUCGCUCCGCAAGAAGCCGCCGCGCCUGAUAUGGACGAAGGGUUGGAGAUGUUGGACGAGUUUGAGAAGCGUCUCGCUGGAGAGGGUGGGGGCAAUACGCAGAUAUCGACCAAGGCGCAUAUCCUCGGCGUGCAAGAUGGCGACGAUGCCAUCAAGUUCAACAUUACCCUUGAAGCACUCCUCGUCGGGCACGAAUCUGGCCUCACCAAUGUUCAUUGGUCUACUGCCCCUACAACCCUCUCGACCACUCCUCUCCUCCUGUCCACAGCCGCCGACAACUCUUUGAUCGUCUGGCAACCUUCCUCUGCCUCGAUCUCUACCGACGGUAUAUGGGUUCCCACGAACCGAUUUGGCGCUAUAGGCGGCCGGGGAUUGGCCUUCUAUGGUGCUAUCUGGGGCCAGGACGGAAAGAGUGUGCUCGCGGGCGGGUGGAAUGGCGGUUGGGAGAAAUGGGUGCUCGGGGAAGAUGGAUCGUCGUGGGAAGUGAAGCGGGGUCUGACAGGUCAUCAUGGCGAUGUGCAGAGUAUCGCCUGGGAUCCUAGAGGCGAAUACCUCCUUUCUGUCUCUUCCGACCAGUCUUCUCGUAUCCAUGCCCAGUGCGACCUCCCCUCAUUCCCUCAACCUGUCUGGGCCGAGAUCGCUCGCCCGCAAAUACACGGGUACGACAUGACAGAUGCGACAUUCAUUUCGCCUUUCCGUUUUGCUAGUACGGCGGAUGAAAAGGUUACGCGAGUGUUUGACGCUCCGGAAGGGUUUGUUGAGUCGUUGAGGACUCUGGGGGUGAGCAAGCGGAAGAGGGACGAGGAGUUGAGGCCGAAGGGUGCUACGGUGCCACCUCUGGGAUUGUCGAAUCGAGCUUUACAGAAAGCUCCUGUCGAUGGCGACAAGGUCGAAAAGCAAGGCCAAAAUGAAGCUAUCGUCUCCAUCUCGCACACCCUCACCACCCUUCCAACCGAAGAAGAACUUGCCACCUCUACCCUCUGGCCAGAAGUCGAAAAAGUUUACGGCCACGGAUACGAGCUCGUUGCCGUCGCCUCGUCACACUCUGGUAGAUUCAUCGCCACAGCGUGCAAAGCGACCAAUGAAGAGCACGCUGUCAUUCGGGUUGUCAGCACAUCAAAGUGGGAGAGCGUCGGGCACGCGCUACAGGGCCAUAGUUUGACAAUCACAAGACUCGGGUUCAGCGGGGAUGACGAACGGAUACUGAGUUGCUCGAGAGAUAGAGGAUGGAGGGUGUGGCAGAGGAGGUCGGCGAAUGAAGAGGACGGAUAUGCGUUACUGGCGGGAGAGGAAAAGGCUCAUGCGAGGAUGGUGUUGGAUUGCUGUUGGGCUGGAGAGAGGAGCGAUAUGUUUGCCACUGCGUCUAGAGACAAGACUGUCAAAAUUUGGAUACCAUCGUCCCCUGAUAGCUCCCAAUGGGUAUCUUCGGCGUCUGUCAAGUUGACCGAAGCGACCACAGCCGUCGCGGUGGUUGCAAAGCCCUCAUCAGACGGUUAUCUCAUGGCCAUCGGUACGGAGAGCGGGUCAAUAUCGGUCCACUCAGUCAACGCCGAGGGAAGUGAGGUCGCGCAUUUGGAGACUCUCGAUCAUCGGGAUACCCACGUGAGCACUGUCAACAGAUUGGCAUGGAGAGAUAUCGAUGGUGCUUUGAGUCUUGCGAGCUGUAGUGAUGAUCGAAGCGUCCGGGUGUUUUCUGUUGAUUUAUGA